GUACAUUCAUGUAUUUGAGUUAUCCCAGAGAUAACCUUCAGUACUACAAAACACUUGUGUCAGAAAUAUACAUAGUAAACAAAUAAAGAGUCCAAGCAAGUAAGAUGUCAGAAAAAAAGAGUUUGCAUAAGAAAGAUGCCAGUUUCAAAUUGGACGACGACUCGCGUGAAGACCUCACGACUCGCUCCUAUGGCUUCUUGAAGGCAACCCGGACGGACACACCAAUCCCUAGGUCCGAAGAUCCCAUAGUGGCCAGCACCCUGGAGGAAAGGUUGCACACAAUCCACAAGCACAUUGAUUAUCAAGAGGACUCCGACAUGGAGGAUACAUCUGGCCCAGGUUCGUCGGAUGAGCAACCAGGGCGCAUGGGAAAGACGGCCUUUGAGCUGAAACGCAAGCGGUUCGAUGAGGCCGAAUACACCAUAGCUCGGGGCAUCAAGCUAAGCGACUGCUUUUGUCCCGUCAACUCUGGCCUGCAGCUGCCCAUUAUUCCCAAGGAUGGCACGCCGAUUGCUUUAUUUGAGGAAAUGGAGCUGUUUUGCCGCAACAUGAACAUCAAACUGGACAAAUGAGUUGUUGCAGAGACUGGCCAAGUUUAAUAUACCCUGUUUGAUUGCAAAUAAAAACUUUCAUACUCUU